AUGGAACACAAAGAAGCGAACCUUCUGAACGAAUCCUUAGGUCUUGACAGCAACAACAACUUCUACGGUCGAUUCGUCCUUGUAGAAGACACUGUCGACACAAGCGCCGCUUUCGUUCUUCACCAUAUCCUCAACCGCACCUUCUCUUCCCACCCUUCUUCGUCUGUCAUCUUCCUCGCCCUCUCCAACACUUUCUCCCACUACGAUCGAAUUCUCAGAAAAAUUGGUUGCAACUUGGCUGCUCAAAGAGAUAAUAAUAGAUUCUUUUUCAUUGAUUUGCUUAUGUUGCAGUUUCCAGAUGAAGGAAAAUCCAAACACAAUGGUUUUGCUGCUGUAUUUGAGAAAAUUGAAACACUGAUCAAGGCAUUACCUCAAGACAACAUGAAAUGUGUCACUAUCAUGAUAGAUGAUAUUUCUUUUCUUCAACUUGCUGCCAAUGGCUCUUCAGAUCAUGUUUUAGACUUCCUGCAUUAUUGCUAUACACUAACAUCAGAAUAUGGUUGUGCAUUCGUUGCACUUGACCAUAGGGAUAUUUAUUUGAAUGAAGACAAGCCUGACAUUAUCUUAGAGAUGGAGCACCUUGCUGACGUUUUGGUCAAGGCUGAACCAUUGGCCACUGGUUUGGCAAAAGAUGUGCAUGGACAGUUAAUGGUGUUCAUUAAGCAACAUGGAAUUUCACCAGUUAAGAUUCAUAAUUUUCACUUCAAGAUCAAGGAAAAUAGCAUUGAGUGUUUUUAUCCUGGCACAAAAAUUUAG